UGUAAUUCUCGCACCGACUCCUGCUGUUGCCCUUUCUGACCAUUCUUCUCAAGCGACCUGAACAUCUACGACUUCUCAUCGCCACGCGAUUAUCCCACAAUCUUUGGACAGUCCCGGAGACUCUCAUACAAUGCCUCCCUCAACUCCUCAACCCGCCGACGACUCCCACCAGCAACUCCUCGAUCAGAUGGACAUAUACUACACUCUGAAACCCUUUCGAAAUCCCAAUUGGAGACCCAGUGGCCGCAGAAACAAGAAUACCAAGCAGAUCAUAUCCGAGACACAGCGUAAAGAAGCCUCAGUCCUUGCAACGCAGAAUAACUCCGGCGCAUCUACACCCGUGCCUGCAACAGGCGGCACCUCAGAUGGCGCCGCCACGCCUGCAUACUCUUCUGCGGCAUCAAGGCCAGUGAACAUGGCACAGGCGACACAGAGCUUGAGUACCCUGGUGCUGGAGAGGAAUCUGCAGAAGGCUACAACCGGCUUGGGUGGUGGAUUCGGGGGACCUGCAGUUACGUAUACCAACAUCGAGAGCGCCCCGAGCCUACAUCCUGCAAACCACAAGCACUACUGCGACAUUACGGGCCUACCUGCCAAAUACACCGACCCCAAGACGAAGCUGAGAUACUACGAUGCAGAGAUAUUUGCGGUGGUGAGAAGCUUGCCGCAGGGUACGCCGGACCAGUACCUGGCUGCUAGAGGAGCGAACGUGGUUCUGAAAUAAGCUUGCAAGAUAUGGACGAGCAUGAUAUUGUCUACACAAGGAAACGGCAAAGGCUGGAAAAGGAGUCUGACGGGCACACGGAUGUCAGUCCAUCUAAGUCAAGCCCAUUCCACCCACUGGUGUCUUUCGACGGCCAGCUCAAGGAAGCGCUCCGGCUUAAUUGUGAACUAGAUGAGGAUUCCUCUUCGCCAGGUUGACACAUUACCGAGACUCCAUGAUGAGCAGAAUCAGUUACAGCAGUAUAAAAGAGCUGUGGUCAAGGCGGGAUGUGACGCCCAGGUCAAGGACUGUUACAGGUCGGCUAGGAAGACCUCUACACUCAACGCAGGAGGAACUCCAUCAGCACUCAGCCAAGGAUUCAUGCACCGCAAAGCGAUGAAUAAGGAGGAGGGCUGUUGUGGUCACUUGCAAAAAGUGCAUUUUGGCAACUUCGAAUCUUGUGGGCACAUGAAGAACACAAAUGCUGGCCGCGUCGCUUGAUGUUCCUUUCAAGGCCCGACCGCCCCCAUGUUUAGCCAUAGAGAAGAUAGAGCAGAGUGAGGCCAAGACAGAGGGCAGACGAUAUUUCCUGGCUAGCAGGAAAAUUUUUGUACAAGUUCCCCAGAAAAUGAAGAAGCAGGAGGUGAUG